GAUACCAUUUCAUAUAUGCUAAAUUUUAUUUCUCUUCAGAUAAAUCAGUCAAAUGGAAAACAUAGAUUUUAACUUUGGUCUUGAUGGUGAAAAUGGUGAAGAAGAUGCUGAAGAGCAAUGGCAAUGGGAAGGACGUAAUGCCACAGUAUUUCUCAUUGAUGUUGCUCCAGCCAUGUUUGAAAAAGAUGCUGCUGAAGAGGAAUCAGAUAUCCCAUUUAUUGUGGCCAUGAAGUGUGUACAUGCAAGUGUGUGCCGUCAAGUGGUGUCCAGCGAUCAAGACCUGACAGCUGUUGUUUUCUUCAAUACGCUGAACUGUACAAGUGCUUCACAGCAACCCAGCACCAGCAGCACCGCCCUUCUGGCCACAUUCCCACACGUUGCCAUACCUCUUCCACUUGAUCGGCCAAGUGCAGACCGAGUUCUGACCCUUGAAUCCUACUUACAAGACGGACGUUCAAAAGUUACACGAGAGUUUGGUGGCAUUUGUGAGGAUGCCAGCCUUGGGGAUGCAUUAUGGGCCUCCAGCAACCUCAUAACACAAUGCAAGAGCUCACUGUCAGGUCAGAAUGUGCUGCUGUUCACAUGUCGCGAUGAGCCUCACUCCAGCAAUGCGGUCGACCUUGCCAAGAAAGCCAAAUGCAAAGCCCGUGACCUGGACGAUGCUGGCAUUGACUUAGAACUCCUUGGCUUAGGUGCCAAUUUUGAUGCCAGCAAAUUUUAUAAGGCUCUGAUUACUCUGGAUGGCCAAGCACCAGACCGCAGCAUUGCUGGUGCCAGCAGCGCAAGGCUGGAGCAGCUGCAAGAGCGGGUGCGCAGGCUGGAGCACAAGCAGCGAGCUACUGGCCGCGUACCAUUCACUUUGGCUACGGGCUUGGAAAUAUCUGUUGGCUUCUACACAAGUAUCAGCACUGCCCGCAAGCCUGCCUCCGUGAAGCUGCACCGCUCAGGCAAUGACCUCAUCAAGACCAUCACCAAAGAGUACCGCGAGGAUACCGGCGAGUUGCUUAUGACGUCUGACUUCUGCAAGUACCAAGAAUACGGAAAACGCAAAAUCAAGUUCACUGUCGAAGAGAGCCGAGAACUGAACAAAGUAUACCCAACCGGCAUCGAAUUGCUGGGCUUCAAGCCGUCUUCUGCCAUCAAAGCAUUCCACUACGUGAAACCUGCCAGCUUCCUGUACCCUGACGACAAGAAUAUCAAAGGAAGCACAGCGGCGUUCGCAGCGCUGCUGACGCGGUGCGUUGCACGCGACGUCGUCCCCAUCGUGAGGGUCGUGCCCCGCACCAACGCCAGCCCUUCUUGGGCUGCGCUCCUGCCGCAGGAGGAGGUGCUGGACGACGAUGGCUGCCAGCUCAGGGCGCCGGGAUUCCAUGUUUGCUACUUGCCAUUUGCUGACGACUUCCGGCAGCUGGACAUGACAGUGGGGCGAGCUCGUGCCAGCAACGAGCAGGUUGAUGCCGCUAAGUCAUUCAUCAAGAAGCUGCACUUCAGGUACGAUCCUUCGAGUUUCGAGAACCCAGACCUGCAGACGCACUGGCGCAACAUCGAGGCACUCGCCCUCAACAGGCGCGACCUGGAGCCCGUCACCGACUACACCGUGCCGGACUACGCGCGUAUCCGUAAGAAGACGCAGGAGCUUGUGUCCGCUUUCAAGGAUCUGGUUUGGCCGAGCGGAUACGAUGCGACCGCCGCGGCGGCCAAGCGGCCUCCGCCCAAGCCUAGAGCGACAGCUGGCAUAGCUCCCGCUGCUGCCGGCACUCCUUCAGUAGAAGACAUGGCGCGAAACAAUACUGUCGAGAAGCUGAACGUAGCCACUCUGAAGGAGUGGCUCUCAGCGCGCAACAUCAAAGUGACGGGCAAGAAGAAGCCGCAGCUCGUCCAGGACGUCUACGAUGUCUUGUCAGCGUAGCGCAGAGGCUUUCCAGUCAUUUUAUUUGAAAUAGUUCCAUUUGAUGCCUUUAAAAGUUUUUAUGCCUCUCCUCUGGUUUGGCAAACUCUCACCUUGAAUUCUCUUUGUGUGCCUUGUAGUGAGAACUCAUUAUAAUUUUAUUCUGCAAACUCUCUACUAAAAUGAUUGCGUCGUGAUGAUCGCAUGUACAUUGAGGGUUCUUGAGGAUUGAAAAGCCUGUAAGAGCUAACAGGAAGUAUUUUUUUCAAGACGUGCCGCACGGAAAGUUUGUGAAUUGCUUUACAAAUAGAUGUGAUAGUAGUUGUUAUUGUGUCACGUUCAACGUUCAAUUGAUUGUUGAGCAUGAAGCUUCGUUCGUACAAAGUUGCAUAAGUUCUUCAUACACAAUUUUUAGUUAAUAAAACUCAGAUCCAUAUAGUUUUCGAUGAAUUUUGUUUACUGCAUUAAUAAAAUAGCGAAUAAGAACUGA